UAUGUAACAGCAAUAUUUCCUUACCUGGUCCUAACUAUAUUCCUUAUUCACGGCCUCAGUCUACCAGGAGCCACUGACGGUCUGGCUUACCUCUUCACCCCUAAUCUAAGCUCUUUGAAAAACCCCCGCAUAUGGCUUGAUGCAGCUACCCAGAUUUUCUUCUCUCUGUCUUUGGGUUUUGGAGGGCUUAUUGCAUUCUCAAGCUACAAUCCACCAAAAAAUGACUGUGAAAAGGAUGCUGUGACAGUAGCAAUUGUGAACAGCAUGACAUCCCUCUACGCUUCCAUCCCAGUCUUUUCUGUUUUGGGGUUUAAAGCAACCACAGCCUACUGGGACUGCCUGGACAGGAACAUUAUCAGCAUCAUCAAUGAAUUUGAUCUCCCAGAAGAAAGCAUCAUGCGACAGAACUAUACAGCCUGGAUUAGUUUCCUAAAUUCAUCACAUCCAGAAAAAAUUGCUGGACUCAAACUGAAAAGUUGUGACCUUCAAGAAUUUCUUGAUCAGAGCGUAUCGGGAACUGGCUUGGCUUUCAUCAUUUUCACUCAAGCCAUCGUUCUCAUGCCAGGCUCCCAAGCCUGGGCCAUCCUGUUUUUCAUAAUGUUGUUCAGCUUGGGCCUUUCUUCCAUGUUUGGGAACAUCGAGGGAGUCUUCACGCCUCUUCUAGAGCUUCGAAUUAUAUCUAAAUCAAUACCCAAGGAGCUAUUAUCUGGUAUAAUAUGUCUAAUUUGUUUCCUCGUUGCUCUGUGUUUUACGCUGGGUUCAGGGAGUUACUGGAUUGACAUUUUUGACAGAUAUGCAGGCUCGUUGCCUCUUCUAGUCAUCGCAUUCUUUGAAGUGAUUGGGGUUGCAUAUGUGUAUAAAAUUAAAAGGUUCAAUAAAGAUGUGAAAUGGAUGACUGGACGGAAACCCAAUCUCUACUGGCAGAUCACAUGGAGGUUUAUUAGCCCUUUGCUCCUGCUAAUUGUCUUCGUGGCCUUUGUUACUCUCCAGAUACAGAAGUCGCCGAGCUAUGCAGCCUGGAACCCUAAAUAUGAAGGCUUCCCCAUGAAAGAGGAGAAAGUUUAUCCACCUUGGGUACUGGCCAUCUGUGUGCUGUUAGCUGUCCUUCCUUGUGUGUUUGUACCUCUGGUAGCACUCUUCCAUCUGAUCAAACGAAUGCGCAGAAGCAAGGACCCAAGCUUUGUACCACCAGAAGUGUUUUCAUGUCAGGGGCCUAACAGCAACUUUUCUCAUCUGAAAGAAUAA